UGAAAGUAAAGAGAGAAAGUCGUGCCGCUCGUCGAGUGUCGUGUCCACGCUCAUCAAACAGAUGAAGCGUGCAUGUCCGAGGUCAGAGUUAACAUCACAAUACAAUACAUGAGUACAACUCGUAACAGGUAACAAGUACGGAUAUAACACCACAAUACGAUUCACAGGUACAAUAAGUACAGGUCACGAGUAUAUUGCACAGGGACCUGACACAUACAACGUUCAACAAUUACCCUGGGUUACACCUAUUAUACAGACUGGAGCUUCUAACGAGUUUUAUCAAGGUGUUUGAGGGUGGUGACGGUGAGAAACUGAUUAGCGGGCCCCCAGCUCCAGACCAGGACAACAUGGAGGACAUCAUCAGUGUCUUUAUCAACAAAAUCAUCGACCCCGACAACCCGUUUGGGACGUCCGAUGCCGUCAGGAUACUCUUACUUCAGCUGUCGUCGCUACUGGUGGAGCAGGCGUCAUCUCACAUACACGACGCUGCUAAUAAGAAACAAGGGAACAAACUCCGUCAACUGAUGACCUUCGCCUGGCCUUGUCUGCUGUCCAAAAACUGUGUCGACCCGGCCACAAAGUACCAUGGCCACCUUCUACUGUCGCAUAUCAUUGCUAAGUUUGCCAUCCACAAGCGAAUCGUUCUUCAGGUGUUCAACAGUUUACUAAAGGCUCAUGCUGUGGAAGCACGCACUGUUGUGAGACAGGCCCUGGAGAUGCUCACACCAGCCAUGUCAGGACUCAUGGAGGACGGAAAUGGAAUGUUGACUCACUGGACUAAGAAGAUCAUCGUAGAGGAGGGACACACAGUAGCUCAGCUUGUCCACAUACUGCGUCUAUUGAGCACCGUAAGCUGGCAGUAGACUUGGCUGAGGUAGUCAUUAAGUGGGAGAUACAGAGGAUCAAGGACAACCAGGAUCCGUCGUUUGUAGAACCAGCCGGACAGGAACUGAGUCAAGCUCUAACCCAGAACCUCCCAGUUAAACG